AUGGCUAACGAAAUGGAAUUCACCCGGCUUGGAAACUCGGGUCUCAAGAUCUCCAAGGUCAUCCUUGGUGCCAUGUCCUACGGUACCAGGGACUGGCAGGACUGGGUCCUCAACGAGGAUGAAGCUCUUCCUCUGAUUGAGCACGCCUACAAGCGUGGCAUCAACACCUGGGAUACUGCCGACGUCUACUCCCACGGCCAAUCCGAAGAAAUCCUCGGCAAAGCCCUCAAGAAAUACAACAUCCCCCGCAACCGCGUUGUCCUCCUCACCAAAUGCUUCUUCGGUGUCGACGACGAAGGCAAGAUGCCCCCGAUCUCCGCCUCGGGAGUCAACGACGGCGAAUUCGUGAACCGCGUCGGUCUCUCCCGCAAGCACAUUUUUGACGCCGUCGACGCCAGCGUCGAGCGCUUGGGUACCUACAUCGACGUUCUCCAGAUCCACCGUCUGGACCGCAACACCCCCCGCGAGGAAAUCAUGAAGGCCCUCAACGAUGUCGUCGACAGCGGCAAGGUCCGCUACAUCGGCGCCAGCACAAUGGCUGCCUGGGAAUUCCAAACCCUCCAGAACAUCGCCGAGCGUAACGGCUGGCACAAGUUCAUCUCCAUGCAAAACUACCACAACCUCAUCGCCCGCGAAGAGGAGCGUGAAAUGAUCCCCUACUGCGUCGACACCGGCGUCGGCGUCAUCCCCUGGUCCCCUAUGGCCCGUGGAGUCCUCGCUCGUCCCUGGGGCUCGCGCUCGACUACCCGUGAGGCAACCGACGGUGCGCUCAAGAUGCUUGUCCGCAGCCGCGAAACCGAGACCGACAAGGCGAUCGUCGACCGUGUCGAGGAGAUCGCUAAGAAGAAGGGUGUCAGCAUGGCGCAGGUGGCUAUCGCUUGGUCGUUGCAGAACCCCAACGAGAACCCUAUUCUGGGAUUGAACAGCAAGGAGCGCAUUGAUGAGGCUGUUGGCGCUAUCAAGGUCAAGUUGACUCCUGAGGAGGUCAAGUACUUGGAGGAGCCUUAUCUUCCUAAGGGUCUUUCCGCGCUUGAGCGGUAA